UAAAAAUUGUAGUCACCGUUGAAUCUCUAUUCAGGUGAAAAAUAUCACAAAAGACAACAACGACAAAGCUCACCGAAGAUCGAAGCUUCCAGCCUCAGAGAAGAAGGCUCUUGCUGAGCGCCAUGAGCGACGGCUUCAGCAACUCAUGGGUGAAUUAUUGGACAAGCCACGAACACAAGUCGUACAGUAUCCUGCAUCGGGAAUGAGGAGAGAAGACUGGACGCAGACUGCAAUUUCCACGAGCGAUCUCUUUAAACAUUCUUCUCGCUUAGAUAGGUCAAGCCGUGUCUCUCAUGCCUUGCGAAGUCUUGGUCAUGCUGAGAGUCAGCAUUACGGUGCAUCUCAAGACGUAAACUCGAAGUAUUUCGAAUUUGGACAGGCUUACGCGGAUUUAAUCGUGUCGUCCGCAACAAGCUCGCUCGAUUACGUCGCAAGCAAGGCCUUCCACGACGAAGCGUAUCCAGUCCUACUGAGGAUUCUGCAGAAUCAACGAAGUGAGCCUGCAAAUUAUGCAGGACUUCGAAAACGCGCCGAGCGAGCAAGAAAGUUUUUUAUCAUAGCGCACCUGUUUGGAAUUUCGAUUCUCGAGCGCGCAGAGCUAAUCAACGUCACGAAGAUCGACACCAUCACCUUCGCCAUGCUCUCGUCGAUUAUGGCAAAUCAUAUGGACAUGGUUCAGCAAAUCAAGCAGAUUCACUAAACAGGCCAAGAUUGAUUGGCCAAGCUCCCAACUCUUUG